AGCCACAAUGCAGUAACUCAUCCUUCACCUAUUAGAAAGAGAAUCUUCUUAAUUAGAGUGUGUUUCCCUAGUCUUUGUCUCCAAUUAUCCUCUUCUUAAUUUGUUAACAAAAAUGGGUUACUCAAAGACUUUUCUUCUCCUUGGUCUUGUCUUAGCUGUUGUGCUUCUCAUCUCCUCCGAUGUCUCAGCUCGUGAGUUUGCCGACGCCGCUCAAACCCAGGAGAAUAUGCAAACUGACAGUAUGGAGGACAAGCAUCAUGACCAUCGUCACGUUCAUGGACAUGGCCAUGGACACCACGGCCAUGGACAUGGUCAUCACCACGGCCAUGGUCAUCCAGGACACGGUGUUGCUGCUGACGAGACAGAAACCGAAACUGAAACCAACCAAAAUUAGACAAAAUCCUUGUAUUCGUCCUAUAUAUAUAGGCUAUAUAUCAUCAGCUGUACGUCUGAGUAUGUCUAAGUCGAUCGUAAUAUGUGGCUUAAUUAUGUAAUUAAGCUUGUGUGCCAAUAAACUUUAUGUUUCUACUUUCGUCAUGUGUAUUUUCUGCUUUUUAUGUAUUACGUACAAUGUGCUGUAGCAUAUCAAAAUUAAUAAACGAGUCCUUUAUCCUA